AUGCAAGGCUACUCACCUCCGGCAGCAGCUACAAAGAGCCGAAACCAGCACACACCUAAAGCACCGGAGGCCCACAGACUGGUAACCUCCACUCGGCGACCACACACCACGGGGGUCUGCUGCUCAUCGGUAAUCACACAAGCAUUGACUCGCAUUAAGAAGCGGAGGACAGUCCAUAAGAGGAAAAAAGUCAUGGCAAAGCCAACUCACCUGCAAUGCCUCGUUAAGUUACAGCCCACCAGGCGAAUUACUGCUGCUUCGCUGAAAGUGGGGAGGCCUGCCAAGGGCCGCCGACUCGCUCUGGCUGAACCCUACCGUCAACAGCACAACUCGCACCCUGUGAGAGAUCUGAUUCAUCAAAAGGAAAAGCACCAAGGAGGAGGGCUGCUGUCCCAGGUGAUGAUCAACGCUACUCCCCAAGCCUGUACUUACCUGAGUUCACCAAGGACAAACAAAGCUGUGCACUUCCCUUGCCUGAAUGGACGCUCCACUGACCGGGACUGUAAAUACCCACUGAGGGGCAUCAG